CAUCCCGAAGCUCAUCACCGUAAGCACGAAAUAGCCUGAUUUUGAGCUGUAUUGGCGCGUGUCAUGGAGUUGGAGUGAUGAUAUAAUAAGGUCCGAUACUUUUCUUGGACUAUUUUUCUUUCAACUUAAGCCUUUAUCUUACCGAGCAGGAUUUGUUUAACGUUUUCUAAAGAGCUACAUCAGUUUAUGCCAACACAUGAUGUAAUCAGCGGUGGCAUUUGAGUGGUAGGCUAUUUGCACGCGCGAGAUAUCUUUGAGGGCAUCGCUCCGCGCGCAUCCCUUUGAAAGCGUGUACACCGCUGCCAGACAGUGACUCCAAAACCGCUCAAGUCACACGACAGACACGGAAACUCCUGUACUGACUUUAUAUUUGACUAUAUCAUUUACGUUUACGCUGCUAUAUGUACUAAAUCAUUUAGGCUUAUAUUUAAGAUAUUCAAGACAUCAACACUUGGGAAAACACGCUGGAUAAACUUGGAAGAACUUUUUUAACGCACAGGAGCAUUUGCACCCGUGUCCUACGGGAAAGCAUCAUAACACGAUGGAGCUCCCUUCGGAACCCCGGUGGAUGAUGCACGCUCAUCAUUCAGCCUUAAUAGGCACCUCAGAUUCAGUGUCUCCGCACUCUGGUUUAGGAUAUCAUUGUUCGGGAUAUAUGGAGCAAGGUGCUCCAUUAUUACCACCAGACGAGGUAGAUGUAUUUCUCAGUCAUUUAGACUCUCAAGGAAACCCCUAUUACCACACACACGGGUCCCACUCUCAUACUCGUGCACGAAUGUCUUACAAUCAAACGCAUGCACGGCUUACUGGUGGCUCAAUGUGUCGACCUCACCUUAUCCCCACGCAAGGUCUUUCAUUACUGGACAACAGCAAAUCGACUUUCUCGGCGGCCCAGCACCACAGCACAUGGGCCGUCAGCCACCUGGGUAAAACGGUUUUGCAUUCAGCAGGCGCCGAAAACUCAAACGGCCUGUUCACGAGCACCGGUACACCUGCCCCAGGUUCAGUGCAGUGCCUGUCAAUGACGCAACACUGCAGCCCUCAGCUCUACUGCCUACCCCCUACUCCACCCAAAGAUGCUUCACCUGACCCUGCGUGUGCUGCUGUGAGGGACGCUGGGAAGUACCAUCUCCAUCUUGUCGACGGGAUGAAGAUGGAGUGUUCCAGUCCAAUCCGUAGCAACCUCGCGCAAACUACAACUCAUAUACCUUCAUAUUCAGAUUACUCUUUAGCUGGAGCGCACGAGUUCCCCGGCGGCGUGUUUCACUCCAGAAGCCUUCUCGGCAGCAGCCCGAGUCACAUGACAUCAAAAUGCAAAAGCAAAACCCGCGCUUUCUCAGGGCGUGAAUGUGUGAAUUGUGGAGCUACAUCAACUCCUCUUUGGCGGAGGGAUGGAACAGGUCAUUAUCUGUGUAACGCAUGUGGACUCUAUCACAAGAUGAACGGCCAGAACCGACCACUCAUCAGACCCAAGCGCAGACUGUCAGCAUCUAGGCGAGCAGGCACCUGUUGUGCAAACUGCCAGACAGGGACCACCACACUUUGGAGACGUAACGCCAAUGGAGAACCCGUCUGUAAUGCCUGCGGCCUAUACUACAAACUACACAAUGUGAACCGUCCACUAACUAUGAAGAAAGAUGGGAUUCAGACACGCAAUAGGAAAAUGUCAGGCAAACCUAAGAAGAGGAGAGGAGAGCACCAAUUUCAAUUUCAGCAAUUUGACAGUUGUCUGCACGAUAAACAAUCCACUUUCAGCCACAUGACCAACAUGCCCCACCCCUUCAAUAUUACUCCUCCCAUUCAAUUACGUCCUCCAUUCAGUCACAGCAGCUUAGUCACUGCUAUUGGCUGACACACACCUGUAGAACACCAUUCUGCAUUCUUCAGUUUUAAUGUUCUUUAUGCACAUAUUCAGGCUUGAUUUAAAUAGUUGCACUUUAUUUUGUGUAUUUUUGACAGUUAUUUUAAGCCAACAUAGAAAUUGAUUGUACACCAAGAGUUUAAUUAAUUAGCCAGUUCUCAUUAAUAAUAAAUCCCCUAUUUAUUCAAAUAUAAUCACAAGUACAACUUUUAUGCCUGAUUAUGUCAUCUAUACCACUGCACUGUGUCUUAUGUAACUGUGAAGAAGAAAGUUGUAAUAAUAAUAUAAAUACAACAUUUUCUAAACCAUUUGCAAUUAUAUAAUUAUUUCUUUAAUUUAUUUUUUCUUUGUUCUCUUCAAGCUUUAUAUAUGAACUAGUAUCAACAUUAUUAAACUUCAUCUUUUCUCUACAAAUGCAUUAACAGUAACACUCAGAAAACACACUUUUUUAAUGUGUACUUAUUUUAAAAAUUUAGUUAAUAAAAGA